UCCUGGAAAAAGACCCGAACAGGAAGAGGCGCUGAAAAAGUGACACGUGGACUUGAGUUUAUUGCAAAAAGAGGAGAGACGGAGGGGGAGAAAAAAAACCCUCCCUUCCGAGCCUAAAUUACUGCAAAGGCAGUUUGAUCACUUCGCCCCGGGAGCUGUCAAGGCGGAGAAUUGGUUUACCAAGGGUGUGCGCGCGUGUUAGUUUUGCGCGUCCGGCUCCCUCUUUAAAACAAACAAACAAACCAAUGAGCCAGUAUCCAAGAGGAACCAGCGAAGCAUCCAGGGGAGGGUGGAAACUCUCAUCCAGUUUGCUUCCCCUUGUCUCUCCGUUUCCCCAGACUUUUCCCCCUCCGCUUCUACUCACUGGAGUCUUAUCAUCAGUCUCAGUCCCUUGUAGAUUUAGGUAGCAGCCUCCAAACAGCUUUGCGUUGCCCUUCCUUGGGUUUUUAUUUUUUUGUAAAAGUGUGAAGUUGAAUGGCCUUGGGUAUCAGCACCAAUGGGGCGCAGCUGUAUGGGGCCGAUCUGCUGUCCUUCCACCAUCACAAGCACCCACAGUUCCUGCCACCGGCAAGAGGUAUCCAGAACCUGCAGGAGGGGAGCAUGAAAAAAGAUGGAACUGCUGAUUCUUUCUGGUCCAGGGCUGAAUCUCGAAUAUGGACCUUGAUGCUGCUGCUCGGGACCUGCUUGCUCUACUGCACAAGAGUCACGAUGCCCAUCUGUGUCGUUGCCAUGAGCGCUCGCUUUGACUGGGACAAGAAACAGUCCGGCAUCGUGCUGAGCAGCUUUUUCUGGGGCUACUGCUUAACUCAGAUCGUUGGAGGCCACCUGAGCGAUCGGAUAGGAGGAGAGAAAGUUCUCCUUCUCUCUGCCUCAGCCUGGGGGUCUAUCAGUGCCCUCACCCCUCUGCUCAUCUAUGUUGGCUCUGCUCACCUUGCCCUGAUGACUUUUUCUCGGUUCCUCAUGGGGCUGUUGCAAGGGGUUUACUUUCCUGCUUUGGCCAGCCUUUUUUCCCGGAAGGUGCGGGAGAAUGAAAGGGCCUUCACGUACAGCACUGUUGGUACUGGAUCUCAGUUUGGGACGCUGGUCAUGGGAGCAGCAGGAUCGCUUCUCCUGGACUGGUACGGAUGGCAAAGCGUCUUCUACUUCUCUGGCGUGUUAACCUUGCUGUGGGUGUACUGCAUGUGCAAAUAUCUCCUGAACGAACAAGAAAUCAUAAUCCCAUUAGAAGAUUUAGCCAAAGGCCUCUCCUUAUCCAAACAGACCAAAGUGCCUUGGAAACAAAUAUUUAAAAGGCCUCCAGUCUGGGCAGUGAUUGUCGCCCAGCUGUGUGCGGCAAGCACUUUCUUCACCCUCCUCUCCUGGCUCCCGACAUUUUUCACAGAAACAUUUCCAGACUCAAAGGGAUGGAUCUUUAAUGUAGUUCCGUGGCUUGUGGCGAUUCCAACCAGCUUGUUCAGUGGAUUUCUUUCUGACCAAUGCAUCAGUCAAGGGUAUAAACCAAUUACUGUUCGCAAGGUUAUGCAGGUUGUCGGUUCAGGUGUCUCCAGUCUUUUCGCUUUGGGCAUAGGUUACACCUCCAGCUUUUGCCGAGCCGUCGUGUUUGCAUCUGCCUGUAUCGGAUUUCAGACCUUCAACCACAGUGGCAUCUCAGUCAACGUACAGGAUCUGGCCCCAUCAUGUGCUGGAUUAUUGUUUGGUGUGGCAAAUACUGGUGGAGCUUUAUUAGGUGUCGUUUGUGUGUACUUAGCCGGACAUUUGAUUGAAAGUACUGGUUCAUGGGCGUCCGUUUUUAAUCUCGUAGCUGUGGUGAACGCCUUCGGACUUUGUGCGUUUCUGAUUUUUGGCAAAGCCCACAGGGUGGACCUGGAUACUGCGUGUGUCGAUCUAUAAAGCCUCCUCCGGGACUGGAUUAGGUCAAUGGCAGGAAGGUGGUGGAAUCAAAAAUGCCAAAACACGGAAUUUAAGCUGAAGAUCAGAUUUGAUUGGCUGUGCAGCAAAGAGGACCCGCACACUAAACAAAUCAGCUCACGGCUUAUCCGGUGCCCUACCUGACCUUUUAAACUGUAUCGGUGGUGCUUUUUGUUCCGUUUUGCUCCUGAAGUGCAAGAUGUUAAUGUGGACCGGGUACUUUUGCUGGAGGGUGACUGUCGUUCCUUUCCCCUCAGGAAUUAUGUUGUUUAAAUUUCAGCCAACUUUCCCACGCCCCGCUCCACAAAACAGCAACCCUAUCUUAUUAAUUGAUACUGAAUUUCACAGCAAGAUCAGCACAGAAACUUGAAUCGUGAACUAUCCAUAUUAAAAAAAAGAGGAGUCUUUAUUAUUUGUAGCCUCCAUAGAGGUUAUCCAGAUCAUGGCUUGAUAAUUUAUGGACAUGGUAGGGUUUCUGCAUUCAGCACUGGAGGAAGCUAUGCUUGCAAAUCAAGACUGACCCCCUCCAAGGUUAACCCUGUUGGACCUGGAGAAAAGGCUGUUUGUCCACACAAAUCGGUUGUUUGUCUGUCCGGAGUCUGCUUCCACCCUGGUGUGAGAUUUCCCUGCUCUUCACCUCCCACAGCUCAGCUUUGCCAAGACUUAUCAACAGGCCCCAAACCUUGCAUCUUGGUAUUCAUCCGUGGUCCUUAAGCCCUCCGUGAUUGAAGCUGGGUUGGGUUUUCUCAGUUGUAACUCUCAGACUUCCAGAUGAUGGCUGUUUGUCUGUCAAUCUCUAUGUAUCUUUGUUUCUCCCUCCCUCUCCCUCCCUCCAUGUAUGUUUGUCUGUGCACAUGCCAAAUACCUGCUCAGUUGUAAAGCCUGGAACAAUUGUUGUUGGGUCUACAGCUUCCAGAAUUUCCCAACUAGCAUGACUAGAUGGAUUCGGGGUGUUCUGGGUGCUGCUAACUUGUUCUUAUGUUUAUCUUCUACAAGAGUAGAAGAGUUCUACAAGUUCUUAUGUUUAUCUUCUACUCAAGGAAGUAUUUCAAUUAUAGGAAAGUUUAUUUUUUCUCCAGCAAUCAAGGUGCAAAAUGUUUAUGUUGAAGGAAGAAUUCCAUCAGAAAACUCUUCCCCCAGAGCUAGCAUGUAGAGUGGCCAACCACCCAGUAUUUUAACUCCUUUGACUUAAACAGCGUUGUACUCUUGGAAAAUUAAGAUACAGAUCUGAUACAGUUCUGUAAAUACUGGACUCUGCAAGAUUCCGUGUAUAACGUGCCUGGGUUGUCCUUGAAUUACCAAAUCUCACUAGCUUGUUGUGGUUCCUUCCUCUAACCCUGAGAGUGUGGUUUUGUAACUUGAAGUGCUGCAUGGAAUUGGCUAGUUCCCAUGCUGUCACUAGAAAAGGUUUCUCACUCCUAAUCCAGCACAAUGUCAUGUUUGCAUACUAUUAAUUCUCUGUGUGUACAUGUGCACACUCAUGUGCAUACAUUUUAUUUUAUUUUAUUGUUCUUUGGAGACUGUGCUCUGCUGCUGUUAAGACAUGAAGCACAAGAGUUGUGGUUCUUUAAAAAGUCAAUAAAGAGAGGAAAUGGCAAUGCUA